CACAUCGUCCAGAUGAUGAUCUUCUGUGAAAUAGGGGAAGAUGGGAAAAGGAGCGGCCGUUGGCAGUAUGGCUAUGAUGGGUGGGAUUUCCUUGACUACGAGAUGGCGACCGGCAUCUGGACAGCAGCUGACAAAGAAGCCCAGGGGAUCAAGCGGAAAUGGGAGGCCGAAACCGCCAUCAAGCAGCGUUUCACAGGUUACCUGGAGAGCACCUGCAUGGAGUGGCUGCAGAAGAACGACCACUACAGAUCGGAGAUAUCCUUGAGGGAAGUUCCUCCAGUGGUGACGAUGAGCAGCAGGACAGAAGCCGAUGGUAUGGAGAGGCACGUCUGCCGAAUCCACGGCUUCUACCCCAGGGAGAUCGAUGCCUCCUGGACGAGGGAUGGGGAAUUCUGGCUGCAAGACACCUUCCAUGAGUCUCUGGCCCCCAACUCAGAUGGGACCUACUAUUACUCGCUCGGAAUCCAGAUCGAUCCCAAGGAGAGGGGCCGCUAUCGGUGCCACGUGGAGCACGAUGGCUUGCAGCAACCUCUGGACCUGGACCUGAAGGGUGAGAGGCUGCAGGGAGGGAAAGCCGACAUAACGAACAUCUGA